AUCACAAGGGAUUUAAUGAGCUCCAGACUGAAAAUCAUAAUAAAAGGAGAAGAGUAUUCUUCGCCUACAAACACAUUUUAAAUGGUGGUUCUGUAGCGCUCCAGGUGCAGCAGCAGGAUGAGGAUCCGGCUGCAGGGUCCCGGCCACGCUGCCGGCCUCCUCGCUGAGCUCAACCGCUGCCGCCAAUUACGCCAGUACUGCGAUGUGUUCCUGCAGGUCGGCAACCGCACGUUCGCAGCCCACCGUGCCGUGCUGGCCUGCGCCGGGUCCUACUUCCGUAACCUGUUCACCCGGGCUCCGGCCACGUCCUCCGCCGCCUUCUCUCUGGAGUUCAUCUCCCCGGCUAACUUUGAGAGGGUGCUGACGUUCGUCUACACGGGGGAGAUCCUCACCGACCUCAUCGAUGUGGGGGUGCUGUACGAGCUGGCUGAGAGGCUGGGUGUGAACGAGCUGAUGAAGGCUUGUCACUCCACCUUCCCUGACCUGCAGGCCUCUGUGUCUGUGAAGGCAGGGAGUCCCGGGGAGCUGGACUCAGGCAUGGUCUCUGCUGCUGCUGCUGCGUCCACAGGUGUCUCCGCCUCCUCCGUCUGCUCCUCGGCCGCCUCCUGUUCCUCUCUGUCCUCAUCAGCAGGUCCAUCUGCCGCCCCGACCCCCGCCGCGGCCCCCCCCUCGCCUCUCUUCCAACCCAGGGCCAGCCGUGAGGCUCACACUGGGACUGCGUCUCUGCACCUGAAGGCAGAAGACAUGGAUUCUCAUAUCGGCUACGGGCAGAUCUCAGCGGAUCCACCGGGAGGACACAGUCUUUUAACCGGCAGCCAGUCCAGUGAGGACGUGCUGCCUCCGGUGCUCCAGCUGAAGAUGGAGCAGGGGGUGGAGGAAGAGGAGGCAGAAGGCAGCUGUGAGGACGCAGGUGGACGAAGGGUUUCUGAGAGCGCAGGAAGCUCUCACAGAAACCACGCUGCGUCGUCUGACUCCUGCUCCUUCCCAGACUCCUCAGCUCAGAUCGGAGCGGAGGCCUCAUCCUCCUUGUCCUCAGGAGACCCUCUGAGAGACCCUCUGAGCGACCCUCUGAGAGACCCUCUGAGCGGCCUGCAGGUGGGGCCGGUGGAGGGCAGCGUGGUGGAGCUGCAGAGGGACGGCAGGUUGAUGUUGUUUGGGGAGGUGGAGGAGGGGGAGCAGAGGGAGGCUCUGAAGGGGAGUAUGGAGGGGACAGAGGAGGAGCAGUGGAGACAGCUGGCGGGAGAGAUCAUCGAGCUGAGCGACGACGAGAACUUCAUGGAGGACGGUGAGGAGGAGGAGGAUGAAGAUGAAGAUGACCUGGUGUAUGUGGAGAACGGAGAGGGCAGCCAGGUAAUAAAACACUGA